AGAGCCCACAAGGCAUACAGGUUUAAUUACUUUAUUGUACAAAAAAAGCCCUUUUGAAAUGCCAGAGCUGUGUGAGUAGCCCUUGCCCUCCCCAGACUCUGGAUGUUCCACCUCAUGGAGUAAAAUAUCACAAAGCUGAAGCAGUGUUCAACAACCAAGUGGUUCCAGAUCCUUGUUUCCUAGGUUCUGCCUGCAGGUACCAUUUUAGAGCUCAACCCUUCCUCUCGCAGUCUAGACAAAAGCCUCUUAGGCCCAGAGCAGUAGUCUGGUUCAUGAAGCUGGUUAGGUGAGUUUCCAAUGAUUCUCCAGUUCAGUUUUCUUAGGAAGAAAAAAGGAGGAGAGGCCACUGGCUAUAAAACUAAGAAAUAAUGAUAAUCAUGGAAGUUGAGUUCAUGGCGCCAGAGAAGCAGAGUCCCAGAAGUUGAGGAGCAAGACAGCUGUUGCCUUGAGAAGGCGGGACGACUGCUUCAGAACAGGCCGGUGCUUCUUUACGUGGUCGUCUGCCUCCUUCCUUGGGCUCUUUUUGCUGGUCUGCCAUGCCCGUUUUCUCCCAUUCAAUUCAGGAAGCCAAGAACUCCGCUCUCCUUUUCUGCAAGGCUGUGCUGCCUGCUCUUCCACAGUCACUAUGUCACCUCUAAUGUUAUAUGAACCUCCUCUUGGUGGUGGUGUGUUGAGCAGCUGCAAGUGCGGGCCUUGGCCAAGAGGGAGGGCUGGAAACCUGUAAGAGGUGGGGGCUCUGGCUCCUCCUCGUCAGGCUCCUCAGGCGCUGGCCCCAGCAAGCAAUCUAGAGGGAGAAAUUAAAGGGGGCACAUGAAACAGUCGCUUUAUCAGGGAGGGGAAGGUGUUUCAGCCCUGUAUUGUCAGCCAAGUUGUAUUUCCCUGAUUUGCUAUCCAAGAUCCAUUUUUAAAAGGAGGUGCCAGGGAGUGAGCCUGAGUCUUUGUGCCUAUAGAAUCGUCCUCUCCCACUAAGCUAUAUAUCCUAUCCCCUAAAGGCAAAUGUCUCCAAAGCUGCCAUCCUGUGUUUUCCCUUCCUGUAGGAAAAGCACCUUAGCGUUGCAGGGGAGGAAUCUUGAGCACCACUAAGAAAAUGGCUGGACUAGUGUUCUGCAUUGCAACCUUACCUGCUGAUUUAUUGUAAAUGAAAUGCAGCUGCUAACAAAACAGGUACCUACUAUGGAUAGCUACUGCCCUGUUUUCAUCUGACUCUGUAUCGGAUGGGGUUCUGCAUUCUCCAUGGAGCAGCAGGGUGUGGGGAGAGCAUCUCCUCCUCUCCCCCCCCCACUCUGUUAAUCAACUGGAGCACAUGGCCUCUAGCAGUAAGUGUGAUGGACUGCCACACAAUAUAAGGGAUGCUCUUUGAUACAUUACAAAUAUAAGGGCAAGCAGUUUGGCGUUGGUUAUGGCAAGUGAAUGGAGACAGGCCAACUCAGCUCACAUAGAUGGUACCGUGUAGUGCUGGCUUUAAAUAAGUGUUCAAUUAUAGAACAAGAUAAUGCAAAAUAGUACUUAAAGUCUGUGCCAUGUCUGGGGAUAGUGGUGUUACUAUGCCCAAGUGGGUUUUUUUCUUUCUUUUAAAGUGUAGGUGAGAUUUAUGCUGUGGUGGUAUAUAGCCAUAUUACGCUAUGCUUUGUGGCACAUAUCUAGUGAUGGAAGCACUUUACAACCCCAAAUAUUUUCUGCAAGUAAAGGUAAAGGACACCUGGACAGUUAAGUCCAGUCAAAGGCGACGGGUUGUGGUGCUCAUCUUGCCAGCGUUCGUCCACAGACAGCUUUCCAGGUCAUGUGGCCAGCAUGUCUAAACUGCUUCUGGCACAACAGAACACCGUGACUGAAGCCAGAGCGCACGGAAACGUCGUUUACCUUCCCACCACAGCAGUACUUAUUUAUCUACUUGCACUGGCAUGCUUUCAAACCGCUAGGUUGGCAGGAGCUGCGACAGAGCAAUGAGAGCUCACCCUGUUGUGGAGAUCUUAACUGCCGACCUUCCAAUUGGCAAGCCAAAGAGGCUCAGUGGUUUAGACCACCGCGCCACUCACGUCCCUACUUUCUGCAAGUAGAAGUGAUGGGCUGUAGGGGAGAUGGUCACAGUAUCCAUAAAUUCCUAGUGUUAAACAUCUGUCAUUGCAGCUCCCCCCUCUUUCCCCUAUCCCAACUAAAGAGCCCUAUAGAGAUGGGAAUUGUGUUACAAAGCUGGUCCCACCAGAAAACAUUUUAUUGGAAUGAUCGUAACUCUAUCCGCUGACCUCAGGACUACAACCAGGUUGUGUAGCAUUUCACAGGACUGUUGGAAAUUUCUAUGUGCAAAACAUUCUCACAUCUUGGAAUCAAGCCCAUGAAUUCCAUUGAAAUAGGUAAUGAGUUUUUGGGUUUUUUAACAGUCAUAAAAGGCUGGGCUGUGUGUAUAUUGCACACUACAGGAGCAUAGGCAAAAUGCAGAGUAUGGUACAGAGUUCAAAGUUAGUUUCUUCACAAUUUCCAUUCAAAAAUGUUUCUAGCCCUGGUAGCUACAAGCAUCUCAACAGUGUCUGCUUGGAAAAACCAAAAUCUGUGAAUUAUAAGAUUUACAGAAAUAAACCUUAGUAAUAUGGAUCAUAAUCCUGAGAAGGUAGCCCAUCUGAUCCUAAACUACUUCUGCCUUGUGGGGAUAUCUUCAGGAGAAGAAAAGACUAAGGAGUAAACCUUACACAAAUCCAGAGUGGAGUCCCUAAGACAGCUGGAUGGCGCCUUGUAUGCUUUCUUCCGGUAAUUCCUGCAGCCAAACUGGUGCCAGACAUCUUGCUCUGCUUUCUAUUGGACCACAUCAGUGAUGCUGAGAAGAGGGUCUUGUUGUCUGGGCAGCCCAGGACCUCCAUACAUACUACCCAGGCUUGUGUCCCGGGGAGGUCACUAGAGCGCUGCUAACACAAAGGUAUGACUUCACCCCCGGAGGUGCACUCCAUUGUCUUUCGAGACGGAUGCCAACACAGAGAAAUAAGGCUCUGUGUGGUUUGUGUCCUGUAUUUCUCAGUGUCCAUUCUCAUGGCUAGUAAACCAGAAUACAGUGGUACCUCGGGUUACAUACGCUUCAGGUUACAGACUCCGCUAACCCAGAAAUAGUGCUUCAGGUUAAGAACUUUGCUUCAGGAUGAGAACAGAAAUUGUGCUCUGGCGGCGCGGCAGCAGCAGGAGGCCCCAUUAGCUAAAGUGGUGCUUCAGGUUAAGAACAUUUUCAGGUUAAGUACGGACCUCCGGAACGAAUUAAGUACUUAACCCGAGGUACCACUGUAAAUUGGGCAAAGCUUGAGAAGUCUGCCUAAUUAUACAGGUCACAGAAUUCAGCUUUUCUUGGUGCAGAUUUUGGGAUUUUUUUUAAAAGCACUGAAUGCUACAAAGGGCAUAGUUUAUUGUACAUCACUGCUGCUGUCACCUGCCACACUCACCUGCCAGAUCAUGUGCCAGGUCUUUGAUCAGGUGACCGACAAUGGCAUAGGCCACACUCACCACCACCAUCACGGCCAUGAUCAUGUAGAGCACAGCUUUGGGCAAUGGAACAAGGUCAUAGGCAGCUGGCUGGUAUUCACUGUAAAGAGGGCUCUCAUUGGAGGAAGAGGGUUGAGUGAGUAGUGCCAAGGUCUCGGUGCGAUUCGAGGAGCUCAUGUUCAUUGGCCACGUUUGAGAGGGGAGAGCCAUGUUCUGAUAUUGUGGAGCCUUGUUGCCUGGUGGAUAAGUGGCUGCAGGGACAGGGAGAGUCUGAAACACAAGGGGAAGAUACUUUGGUUAGUUAUAAUAAUAAUAAUUUAUUAUUUGUACCCUGCCCAUCUGGCUGGGUUUCCCCAGCCACUCUGGGCGGCUUCCAUAGAAACCAAAAAACACUAAAAUAUCAUACAUUAAAAACUUCCCUGAACAGGGCUGCCUUAAGAUGUCUUCUGAAUGUCAGGUAGUUGUUUAUCGUUUUGACAUCUGAUGGGAGGGCGUUCCACAGGGCGGGUGCCACUACCGAAAAGGCCCUCAGCCUGGUUCCCUGUAGCUUUGCUUCUCGCAAUGAGGGAACCGCCAGAAGGCCCUCGGCGCUGGACCUCAGCGUCUGGGCAGAACGAUGGGGGUGGAGUUAGGGGCCCAUCAUGAGCCCUGUCCUGAUGCCAUUUGCAAAUGACUUAUACUUGCUCUUACAGCCAAAUUUGCAGUGGUAUUGGAGAAGAGGGGGUUGCCUUACCAUGCAGGGGUUUUUGUUGGGGGAAUGGAGCAUGGGUUGGCAGCAGCAGCAAGGAAACCACUGAUCUGCACCCCCGGGUAACCCCUCCGAAAUCAGUUUGUUUGGCUCACUGUUUGUUUGACACCAACCAACAGGUUUCUUAGCAUCCUACCACAGGAACAUUGGACUUAAAAAGAGAGUAGUGUUUCCCAGCAGCUGCUGUUUUAAGAGUUUUUGCUAUUUGGGGCUCAGUAACAGCUUUGGAAGUGACAAUUUAGAUUGGGAAAAUGGCACUGGGGCCGGGGAGAGUUAAAAACCAAUGAGGGUUCUCCAAUGUUUGUGCACAUGGAAUCUUUUCAAAAAACAAUGUAAAGCAGUACUGUCUGGACACAGGCUUACCACCUCAGUGAGGACUAAGCUCUAGGUGUGGUAAGAGGUUUGCAUAGAAGGCCAGUAUGCCAGAUCCUGAUAAACCUUGACAGAACUUGUAAUUUCAUUCCCAUCUAUCUUCAUCCAUUUAUUUAGAAUGCUGCUUUCCCCCAUCCUUUUCUACCUUUUAUUUUAAAUAUUCUAUACCACUUCUCAUUUGAAAAUCACAAAGCUGUGUAUAGCACCAAGUAAAUAAUACAGUAAAACCAACAUCUAUACAUAAAGAAACAGGUUAUCCAGACAGUUCCUUGAGUCUUCUGCUCCCAAUAACUAAUCCUAUUUCCCUCCCUAGCCAUUAGAACAGAGACCGGUCAUUUCCCCCUCAAAAUUCCAAAGCAGGUACCAGUCCUUUUUUAUGCCAAGCACUCAAAUAUUAUCAUAUAAAUAAAUAUUCAACAGAAACUGAAAAUUUACUAGGAGUCCUACAAAUGGGUUACAUCAGUAUCUACCAGCUUUCAGCAUUAGAAUUCCCUAUUUGAACUUGGCAAAUAAGGGGAUUUUUUUUUUUUUUUUUUUAGCAAUUUCAGGUUGUGAUGCUACAAGUGUUGCUCCACCAAGAAAAUCUACCUGACAAACUUCCCCAUAACCUGCAGAGCAAUUAAGACUUGAUCCUCUAGUGAUGACAGGUUGGCCAUUGCCAGGUUACAUCACCCUACGGUCAUCAAUAUGUUGCUGGAAUACAACUGCAAUGCCUUAGCACUGGCUAUGGUUUCUGGGACUGAUGGGAGAUAGAGUCCAACAACAUCUGAAAGGCCACUGGUUCCCUACUUCAAGCACAGAUGGAGCCUUAGUACUGUUAAGAAGGAUGCUCCAGGCAGAUCCCAGUUCUACUCUAAGAAGGGGGUCCAUAGGCCAUUUUAUCUCCCAGAAAUUUCUCCGUCUCUUUUGUGGCAAUCCCACAAGCUUCUCCCAGCAUUUAAAUCACAGGAUGGGAGUGUUCCUCAAGCAGGGUGGCAGAGAAAUUAAACAAAUGGGCAACUGCAUCUUACCACACAUGCUCAAAAGCCCAAAAGGGAAGACAAACCUGUUGAAAAUAAUUCCUUCUUUAUCCCGAAUACAGUCAGGAGAGUUCCUCUUGUGCCUUUCUAAAUGACGCUCCUGCCCGAGACACCCAUUUAAGUAAGGUGCAAAUAAUGCUACUAAGCAUGUACAGUGCAUUGCAGACUUCAAAGUCUUUGCAAACAGAUCCAUUAAGUAGGCUACCAUUUUCAUAUUGAUGCAAAGAAGAGAUUUUAAUGAGGUUUUGCAUACUGUACUUUUUGCUGCUCUGUUAACACCCUUAGUACGAAGGCAAAAGCUCUGACCUUAAAUAGGUUGUCUGCAUUUUGCAUAGUAUGAAUGGGCUGGAGUUUCAGCCCAUGUGUUUUCAACCUCCUGUUUCAUAAUAAAUCUAUCCCGGUGUGCUCCUUUACUGACCUCCUACUAUGUAUAUUCACCAACUAGCAAAAUGCCCUCUGUGGGAGGAUGAUUAGGUGAUGGGCAAUAGCAGCUAGCUUUGUCAACGAUUGGUACUGGCAUCCACUUCUACAGUUAUAAAGUUGGUAGCUGGAGGGAGCAAAAUUAAUUGUAAAGAUAUGGCAAUAUGAAGUCAGAAUGGGGUACUAGUUCUUUCCACAAAACCUUCCUGAAUAAUCAGCAAAGGAUCUUGUGGCACCUUGAAGAGUUACAUUUCAUUAUGGCAUAAAUCAUUCCUAAACUAGGCAGUUGUCAGUUGCAUAUAUAUAUAUAUAUAUAUACACACACACACACACACACACACACACACACACACGGUGAUAGUAAAGAGGUGCAGAGCUGUUAACUAGUGAGGUCAGAAGGAAAUUAAAAGCGAAAAGUACGGAUAGUGACAAUUCAGUUUGAUUUAUAAUGUCUCAGUAGUAGGAGUCCUAAGACAAAGCCAUGAGUGCAACAGCAAACUGGAAGUCUGCUCUAUCUCUGUGCAAUAACUUGUUCUGGGUUACUGAUAUUUGCUGAUGCUGCAUGUUGGUUAGCAUAGCAGGAUUGCUGUAAAAAAUACACCUUCAGACUUCAUUGUAGCCAUGCAAUACAGUUCAAUAAUCUUACAAGUUAAGACUCCUGUAGAAGCACUUGUUGCCAAUUCAAAGAAAGCAGCAAUAUUUCACUGGGCAGAACAAAAGUCAACCAGUAGCGAAUCAGUGUUCGAGCUACGAUGGCCUUUUAAAUCUUUUCCUUUAACACUUGGAAUGUUUCAGAAUGCAGUUCUAAAACGGAUAUAGUUUUAGCUUUCUCUCUGUGAUAUAUUUACCUUUUUAAUGCUUUUUAGAAUUGUAUAUUGAGUUUUAUUGUUUUUAUUAUAUGACAGAAACUUGGCUGUUGGGCAACUAAUAAACAUGGUAAUUAAAAAAAAAAGCUUUUAUAAAUUUUAUAACUGUGUAGCCAAGCCAUAGGCCAGGAACUAUCCCAGAAAUGUGGCAGAGGUGUGGGAGGUGUGGGAGCUCACCACAAGGAAGCAGGUCCCAUGUCUAUGUUGUUAGGCGUAUGCAUCAAUAGGAAUGCGGACAUGCAAGACAGCAUAGCAAAUUAACACAUCAGUAUCAAUGAGUGACCUUCCUAUUGCCUUCUAAAUGUUUUUUUUUCCCUAAAAAACACCAUUUAGGACUAUUCACCCAACUAAGGCCACUGCUAGCAGCUAGGAUCCAGGAACGUACAGCUUUUCAAAACCUUGUAAUAUCUCCAAAAAUGCAUUUUAGCUACGCAGCUAUUAAGGAUACAGUACCAGAGCCUUUCUUCAUAGCACUAGCAUGGCAAAUGGGAACUAGACAGCUGUACUGUAUUUUAAAAGUCAGAAAGGUUCUCACUUGACAGAAACUUCAUGACAUUGUCCAACAACUUGCUGAAAUGAAGGAUUGUGAAAAAAAGCACCCUGUCCCUUAGAAAGGAAGAUUGUCUCUAUUUUGAAUAUUGUAAAAGCAAGGCAGGAAAAAAGAGUGGUUUGCCCCUAAUCCAGGCAUGUCCAAAGUCCGCUGGUCGGUUUAAUCCAGCCCCUGUGGCAGUUUAUUUCCUGGGGUUAAAGCCUUAAAAAACCUCAACAACUUCAACCCUAAAAAAAACCUCACAAAAAAGGUCAACAAUUUCAAUCCUAACAAUCCUACAAAAAGGUCAACAACUUUGGCUCUUUGGCUGGCCCUCACGGCCCUUCACUUCAUCAAAUCUGGCCCUCUGAGAAAAGUUUGGACACCACUGCGUAGUAAGAAUUUCAUUCAGGUUUUUUCAGCCUGAUGUAGUAGUGGCAUAUUAAAACUAAUAAAUACAAUGCAUCAUAAGCCUUCUUUGUUAAAUGCAUUUUGCCACAGGAGUCUUAUUUUUUCCUACAAGAGACUAACAUGGCUACCCAACCAGAUUAAUCAAUAGGAAGCGAAGCUGCCUCCUCCAAUCGGGUAUAACAGUUGUUGGUACUGAGCAGCACUUAAUUUCUAAGGGGGGAGAGAAAGCUAGAAAGACACCAUUGAGAAAAGAAUUCAAAUUUUAAAAGCAAUAAAGUCAUUUGUGGGGAAAUUUGCCUCCUCGCCUUCUUGCUAAUUCCAGUGAGGGUUACUGAGCAAAGGCUUUGUGGAAUCCUGUUACUUGUUCCUAAGCCUUCCAAGAAGUUAUUAAGAUUUACAAGGCUUAAAAUAACUGCUCUUUUGUUUGGUUGUUUUCCCCCUAGCCUGCCUCUGCAGUUAUGGCUUGGAAAAAAAAAGAAAAUGCACACACAAAAAACCACUAUCAUUAAAUUGUUAGUGCCAGUUAUGAGUGGCUCUGGGGUGCAUCAGUUUAUAGCUAGUCACAGAGAAACAGAAGGAAAAGUACAUCAGAAGGGACGAUUUGGCAUCAGCUCCUGUUAUAUGACUCUCUGCCCUCCCUACAAAUCCAGUAUAAAAUCCAGGGGUCUUGUAUCAAUGCACUGCUGUUUAAACAAGUGAGAAAGCAACCAGACACAUUUUAACAUGUUCCAUAGCGAGGGCAAAAGCAACCUGUACUUUUAACACUUUCCACUGGUGCAGCAAAGGGAAUUCUGGUGGGUGCUGCUGCUUGUCAUGUGAGAAAUGACAGAAACUAACAUCAUUUUCCUGCACAGUUAUUAAAAGUUUCCUUCCAGUUUCCACAUACCCCUCCCCAUCUUUUACCUGGGUGGUGAUGUUGAAUUUUAUGUUCUCGUUCCCUGCUUUGAUGGCGCAUCUGCUUCUUUGCAAGUUUGGCAGGCAGCAGCUGAGAAGAAGGCAGUUCUGAGCUCCUCUGGUUUCAGGACUCCGCUGAAGAAGCACAACAAAUAGAUUAGCAGCUGCGGUCACUGCCCAGCCCGCUGCUUUGAUAAGUGCAGAGAGCACUUGCCAGGGAAACCCAGGGGAAAGACUCCGCCCACUCAAGUGAUGUCACGGAAUGGUUUGCUGUCUGGUUGGAUCUCAUUUUGGGCUUUUGAAUGCACAGCUGAUGAUAACAGCACAGUAGUAUAUUUAUUUUGGUCAAUGACCAGUAGAGAAGAGGCUAGGAUACAAGAUAAGAAUAGUCAACUGAACACACAUCUCCUAAAUGUAGUGGCUUAAAGGAGUUACAACUAUCAGCAUGAAGUGAAUUUGUUUUGAAGGGAGCACAUUAUUGCAGGAAGCUGGCCACAGCAUUUUAUACAUAUAUUUGUUGUAAUGUAUAUAAAUUAGAUAGAUAGUUCAUUUAUAUUCUUACAACAAUUAUUCAACCAUAAUUUUAACAUUUCCGAGGUCGUCUCCCUUCCACUUCUUUCUGCAGUUCUUUUAAUUUAUUUCCAUCCUUUCCUGCAUACUCUAAAUCAUCUUAACUUUUUCUUUUAUUCGUCUAUUCUCAUAUAUAUCUCAUAUAUAUUUUUGAAACUGCAGGUUUUUAUAAUAAUCCUGCCAAUGUCUUGACCUGAUUACAGAUUAAUUGUAAAUAUGCAAUAAACCAUUUCCAUUCCUUUCUAAAAAGUUUAUCUUGAUUUCUUAUUCUUCCAGUAAGUUUUGCCAUUCCUGCAUACUCCAUCAGUUUCUGUAACCAUUCUUCUCUCGUCGGGACCUCUUCUUCCUUCCAUUUUUGGGCAAAUAACAUUCUUGCAGCUGUGGUCGCAUACAUAAAUAAAUUUCUACACUGUUUAGGUAAUCCUGAUCCCAUAAUUCCCAAGAGAAAAGCUUCUGGGUUUGUUUGUUUUUUAUGAAUGUUAAACAUAUUUUUCAAUUCAUUAUAUAUCAUUUCCCAGUAAACUUUAACCUUAUUGCAAGACCACCACAUAUGGAAAAAGCAGCAGUUUAAAAUAAAAUAUAUUGUUAUGCGCUUGUGGGGGCCAGACCAUUAAUUUCUGGAGUCAGGAUUUAAUUAAGCCCUGAGUGUUAAGUUGGAUGCCAGAUCCUGUGCAUUAAUCUAGGUGCAAUACUCAUGUGUGUAUUUGAGCUGUGUGCUAGAUGCUGUUAAUUGUGUGAAAGAACUAAUUUAACUAUUCCAAACUGUGUAUUAGGCACUUUUCAAUCCUGGGAAAUCAGCAUGUGUUAAAACAUAAAUAAGACUACAGUGGUACCUCGGCAGACUCAGGUUGUAUAUAUGUGUAAAUAAAACAUAUAACAUAAAGGCACCACGGUCUCCAAAAGGAAAGACUCUGGUAAAGGCAUCUGGAGCUCCUUGAAAUCUCAAACCGCUCAGAGAUUUGGGGUGGUGUAUAACAAUAUUGUACUGUAUUAUGGUUAUUAUAUUUUAUAUUCAAAUUACAACCUGCCUUUCGCCCUCAGGUUCCAUGGCUCAUAGCAACAAUUUGAAAUUCAAAAUUAAAAACAAAUUUAAAAAACAACAACAAAUUAAAACACCUGAGAGGGUCUGUAGGGAAGAAGGUGUGUUCACACAGAUGCAGUUCCCCUCAAAUGCUACAUUGCUCACUAGGUAAAAGGUAAAAGAGAUACUAUAAGAAAAGAACUUCCAUAUUAGGACAAUAGUGUUAUUAGGCCAACCAAAAUAUUACAGUAUAGUGUGCAAGCUUUUGAGUUCUCUAGAACUGGUCUUCAGGAUAGAUAGAAAUCAGAUUUAAUGCAGGAGGUGGGGAGAGAGAGGGUUGUUGGCUGAUGAUGAAGCUAUGGAGUUUGUAUCUGGUCACAGUCUCAAGAUAGAAUGUGGGAGGAUGUAGUAGAGUAGACAUUCACAUUAGGCUAUUUAACUGCUAUCCAGGUAUCAAGUUGCACCAGGGCCUGCUGGGAACAAAUGACAGAUAUCCCAUUUCUGGAAAAACAAAAACUGGUCAUGUGGAGUGGAGAAAGAAAAGCUUUAUCUGGCGGAAUUCCUCCUUCUGUUAGCAGAGUGAGGAAGCUGACUCUGGGUGUCAUGAAAAGGCAGCCAGUUGUUAGCUAUUUAAUAACUGUCAUUUAUUGCAUGGGAAUAAGCACAAUCACCUGCUAAUUGCUGUAUAUGUCAAUGUAUCUGUCUUACUAAAUGUUUUUAAUGUUUAUUAUUAUUUAUAACAGUUAAAAUAUAACACAAAUGUUCAAUAAACUGUUUUUUAAAGUCACAGAACAGAAGCCAAUACAGUGGUACCUCGCAAGACGGAAAACUCGCAAAACGAAAGGGUUUUUGGUUUUUUGAGUUGCUUCGCAAGACGAUUUUCCCUAUGGGCUUGCUUCGCAAGAGGGAAACGUCUUGCAAGUUUGUUUCCUUUUUCUUAAAACCGUUAAUACAGUUGCGACUUGACUUCGAGGAGCAACUCAUAGCACGCGGUGUGGUAGCCUUUUUUGAGGCUUUUGAAGACUUUGGUGAUUUUUGAAGCUUUUCCAAAACUUUCCCGACACCGUGCUUCGCAAGACGAAAAAAACCGCAAGACGACAAAACUCGCGGAACGAAUUAAUUUCGUCUUGCGAGGCACCACUGUAAAAAGUUGGUUACCCAGUUUUCAGUCACUCCUGUUGUUGUGACCCACCUUAGAUCAUGGCCCAGGACUAGGUCCUGAUCCACCAGUUGAAAACCACUCUCCUGGAACCCUAAAACUGCCUUUCUGAGCUUUUAACUCUGCAAAAGUUUAAUUUUAAAAUUAUAUUUAAAAAAAAAAUAUUUUUAAAAUAAAAGCUGAAAGUAGGUUUUUUUAUUGUUGCUAUCAAUUAACUAGUCCAUAACAUAUUGAAAUGAAUUGCCUGGGAUAUUUGCACAUUUCUGGACUUAAGGAAAUGUACUUGGAUGAAACACUCAGCAAUAUUUAUCUUGACAGGGUUCCUAAGCUCAAAAUACUUCAUCCUCCCACCUGGUAGCGCUGCCUCCUCUAUCUGGCGUUUCUUUUCUGAUCGUUUUCAAAAUAUCGCUCCACUUUAACAAGAAAGUGGGGUGGCUUUUGCUUUAGUGCUCUGUAGUGUAAUAAUUUUAGUUUAGUAAUCCUAUUAGCCAAGGCAAGGGGGAGGUGUGCCCCCUUUUCUUAAGGUGCAAAGCGCUAUUUUGGUGCUGUCUGCACAUGGAUUAUGAUAGUAAAAAUACACCAGCUGGCAAAUCUCAUAUGUGGUGUCACCCAAAUCCAGGACAACUCACAAAUCCUCACUGAUUGUGGAAUCUGUCUAGAUUUGUUAACUUUUAAAAGACAAGAGUCUUCUUUCCAUCCUCUGGAUUUUUAGAGUCAUGGAUCUCAACCUUCUUAACCUAUUCUUACUCUACAAAUCUGUCUUUGCAGAACAGCAAAUUAAUGCAAGAACUGUCAAAUUAUAAGUAUAUAUAAGUAUAUUAUAUGUAUAUAUUGCCCUGGCUGGCAACUAAUGUUUAACUAAUUUUAUUUUGAACUGAGCAAGAAGUGGACAUUGCCAGGAGAAACUGCAAUAUCCACAAACCAGCCUUCCAGGACACUCUUUAAUAAACUUAUUUUAAGGUGUCCAUUCUGGACUCAAGAAAGAAUACAACAUGAAACAGCUGAAUUACAAUACAUGAAAAAGUUCAAUGCCACUGCUUUUGGGUUAAAUAGAAACAACAGUUUUUUAUAAUACUGUAUGUGUUAAUUAGCUGACCAAUGCCAGUUUAUCUAUGCUAUGUAUUAUUGCAAAUGUAGUGGUUCCUGGCCCCACUGUAGGUGUCAUUAAAUCAUCUCAGUUGUUCUCAAUUAUCACCAAUCUGCUUCUAUAAAAGAUUAGAAGUUUGCCUCUUUAAUAUACAUUUUCACUGUAAUUUUUACCCAAGGUACAACUGUAUUACAAUUUUAAUUUAAAUAGCAUGACAUUAAAUGCAAUGGGUGGAAUUCGACGUCCCACUAUGACGUAACAUGAGGUAUUACUGUACAGUGGUACCUCGGGUUAAGUACCUAAUUCGUUCCGGAGGUCUGUUCUUAACCUGAAACUGUUCUUAACCUGAAGCACCACUUUAGCUAAUGGGGUCUCCCGCUGCCGCCGGAGCACGAUUUCUGUUCUCAUCCUGAAGCAAAGUUCUUAACCUGAAGCAUUAUUUCUGGGCUAGCGGAGUCUGUAACCUGAAGCGUAUGUAACCCGAGGUACCACUGUAUAGCUAUUCCCUGUCAGGAAAAGAGGGGGUGAAGGAAGGUGAGGACAGGUGACCUCACCUAGGCCCGAAGUCACCCCCCGCCAAAGCAGGCUCAAAGCUUCUCAAAACUUUUCAAAAUCAUUUUCUCAGCAGCUAAGCAUCAGAAACAUUCCACUCUGCUGUAACAAAGGUAGAGAACAGUCCAUUGUUUCUCAGGCCUUUCUCAUGUCUUCUGGCCUUGCUAAAGAACCACAUUGCAACUUACUUUCUGUCCGGGAACCAUGCCAGAACAAGAGAUUGAAACAUAUCCAGGUGGUACAUGACCCCAGUCAAGCUUGCAAAAAUCUAUCAUUUGCCUGAUAAUAAAUGCUGGAAAUGUAAAGAAACUGAAGGUACAUUCUUUCACCUUUGGUGGACGUGCCCAAGGAUUAAGGCUUUCUGGGAAAUGAUAUAUAAUGAAUUGAAAAAGGUAUUUAAAUAUACCUUCCUGAAGAAACCAGAGGCCUUUCUUUUGGGCAUUGUCGGCCAAUUGGUGCCAAAGAAGGACAGAACCUUUUUUAUGUAUGCUACAACAGCAGCAAGAAUACUCAUUGCAAAGUAUUGGAAGACACAAGAUCUACCCACUCUGGAAGAAUGGCAGAUGAAGCUGACUAUAUGGAACUGGCAGAAAUGACUGGCAGAAUCCGAGACCAGGGAGAAGAGUCAGUGAAAGAAGACUGGAAGAAAUUUAAAGACUAUUUACAGAAGUAUUGUAAAAUUAAUGAAUCUUAGAAGGAUGUUGGAUAGAAACUAAGUGGUUUCCAGCUGUAAUGCUUUAAGAGAUAUGAAAAAGGUUUAUAAAUGGGUAAAAGCUUAAUGGUAAGGAUUUGCUGAACUAACAAACUGAACUGGAAUACAAAAAGGGAGGUAUGAGGAGGUCCGGGGAAAUAAGUGUAAGGAAGAUAUGCUAUGGAAAAUUAAUGUGUUUUUAACUGUUUUUACUUUGUUUGUUUCUUUUUAUUUUUUAUUGUUUUGUUAUAUCUUAAUAAGGGGUUUUUUUUAUUCUUCUUGCUGUAUUUUGUAUUUUUUUUGUAUUUUCAUUUAGUGUUUUUGUGUAAUUCUUGUAUCGUUUUGAAAUUUUAAUAAAUAUCAUUUAAAAAAAAAAGAAAGAAACAUAUCUGAACAUGCUCAGGAACCUCAACAUGGGGCAGGACUCCUGAGGGAGGAGAAAGGAGGAGGGAACUGGAAAGGGGUAUAUAUGUUUGUGCACAUGACUGUGAACUCGUGCAUGCUUUUUGUGACUUAUCACACUUGCUCCUUCUACCAGUUCAUGGAUGGUAGAAAUAAAAGCCUUUUCUCCGAAACUAUUCCUUGAGUGUCUGUUGACUCCCACUUCCCUUUCCCAGGCGCAAUAUUUUUCCACCCGAGGGCAAAGCCUCAUAAGGCUACAGGGGGAGUAUAAAUAAAUAUGUAGUAGCAUAAAUAAAUAGAAAAAUAGAUAGUCUUUCAUUCGAACAGAAUGUGUUCUGGUGGCUGGUGAUUUGGAAAUGCAGAUAGUUGUUCCCAGGCCCCUCCUACCCGUUUAAAUGCUAGGAAAAGUCUUGCUGCUGCCCUGAGGGAAUUUUGGGCGGGAAGCAGCUUUCCCUCAGGGCAGAGUUUGGUCCACUUGUCUUAGAACAAAAUCAGUGAAGGAAAAAGGUAAACUGUGACACCUCUUUCUCACAAAAUCAUUUUCAAGCCCCACCCCUCACCCCCAAUCUUCUUUUGGUCUCUUCUUCCAUGCACGAUCCUUCUUGAGAGUAGGGUGUGUGUGAUCCUUUUUCAUUUCUGUGAAGAGAUUAUUUAUAUAGCAAUGUCUCUUAAACAUGUCCUUAAUAGUGUCCCAUGGACCUCGUACAGUAGUUAGUCACACAACAAGACGUUUGGUUACAAUAUCGGGCAGAGAGAAAUGUACCCCAUCAACUCCCCUCCCUACCGUACACAGAUUACACCAUUUUGUAAUCCCCUCCUCGUGCUUUCUUUUCUGUGGUAAAAAAACCCUGAGGUGCCAGUACACGCACAUUGUUAAAAGUGUUGUGGGUGCCAGCACAAAAUGGCUGCCGCUGGGCAGCAAGAAGGUGCCAGGGUACUGUACAAAAAUUUUGUUACUUUAGUGACUUUUUCAGUCAUGAAAAAACCCUGCCCCUCCUUAUCUCUAAUUGUAACAUUAGCAAAGCUUUAAAAAGUGGGGAGGUGUUUAAGAAAGACAACUUUUUCCCCCUUUUAAAUGGAGAACUGAAUGAUAUACGUAACUUAUAAAAGCCUAAUUCUCUUAUGAUAACCUCAAUUUUUCAUACAACAUGACAAAAACGAAGGGCUUGGCCAAAGUCACACAACUUCAUGACUGAAGAGGUAUCUGAACUGAGGUUUUUCUUUGCUCCCAAGUCUCAUCAGCCUAUCAGCUAAAAACCACAGUUUUCCAUCUUACAUGCAGAUAUAUUUUCGCUUCUGUCUUUUCUUGGGUUCUGGAGGAGAAAAACUGCUUCUUUAAAAAUUUAUUUAACAUUAAUAUUACUCACUUGAAAAGAAGCAAACCAUCAUACAUAGUGAUUCAGAUUCAUUCUCAGAUACACAUAUAGAGCACUUGAUUGCACUUAAUUCCUUUCCUACUUGAAUUUCCUGAACACAAUGACUAUAAAUGAAGCAGGAUAAAUCAAAUUGUGGAUAGAAUGCUCUCCAGACGACUCCAAGCUGAACAGAUUAGAAGUUGUUCAAGAAGUCAUCAUUUCUUUGGCUCUCGGCAAACUAGGGGUGGAGGGUGAGGAAAAUCAGUUCAGAUUAUUUUUUUCUAUUGCAGGUUUAUUAUUUAACCUCAAGUUGCUGUCAUUAUGUAGGUGGGCAUGUGAGAGAGAUGGGCAUCUCUGUCCUCACCUUAUUAACUGUUUUUCCAUAUUAGCCACAAUCCUGAGUAGGAAGUAUAUCUCAUCUGCAUGCACAAGACAUUGAGUGUCUUAUUUUACUGUUCAGCUGAUGCCUCUGCUGCGUCAAAACCAGCUUUGGAGUUUCAGAAAUGGCUUGCAGUCUAAUGUCCUGUCCUGUGAUGGAAAAAUACGGGCCUAAGCCAAGGAUGGAAUCCAAGUAAACGUAGUUAUUGAAUGCUAGGCUUGGAUUUCAUCUGGAACUAGAUGAGGAUUUUAUCUCUUUCAUGACCCAGGCAAGAUCAGUAAGAGCCAUCUGAGAUUUUAGCAUUUUCCAUCACCCACAACAGAUUUGAUUAGUGGAUUCUGAAUGAACAGUUACAUGUACUGUGCUGACCACAGACAAAAUAUGCCUAAAUCUGCUCAGCAUGCUUGUCCUGAAUUUCUGAGAGUAUUCACUGUUAGUUACAGUAUUUAUUAUAAUUUUCCUUAUAGAGAAAUGGUACAUAUGUUUUGUAAUACAAGUAUUUUGUAAUUAUCCGUUGUUGUUUUUUAAAUCUCUGUGUUAUAGAUAAACUUAUUCUCCUCAUCAUUACAGGCUACUAUGUCUAAUAAGAAAUUUCAGCUCCAAGAGUCAGAGCAGGAGCAAGAUAAACCUGACAGUCCAUUUGACAUCUUCACUAAUCUAGAAAGAAAUGACUUAAGUGAUAAUCCAUCCAGGUAAGAAUCACAUAUUUUAAAAAAACACCAAAUAAACCAAAAUACCAAAGUACUGUUAAAUCUUAAAAUACCGUAUUUUUCGCUCUAUAAGACGCACCAGACCAUAAGACGCAUCUAGUUUUUGGAGGAGGAAAACAAGAAAAAAAAUAUUCUGAAUCUCAGAAGCCAGAACAACAAGAGGGAUCGCUGCGCAGCGAAAGCAGCGAUCCCUCUUGCUGUUCUGGCUUCUGGGAUAGCUGCGUAGCCUGCAUUCGCUCCAUAAGACGCACACACAUUUCCCGUUACUUUUUAGGAGGGAAAAAGUGAGUCUUAUAGAGCAAAAACUCGGUAACUGUGCAUAUUGACAAAAGCAUGUCCUAAUCUAACGAUUUAACAAAUGUGAAGGAGUUGAUAUGGGUAACAAAGGUGGAAUCAUUCAUAAAGCAAAUGUUUUAGAGAGAUUGGUUUUCAGUGUAAAUUCUUACUGAAAGUGGUUCACUCCUAGUACGGGAACACUUAGCAGUAUCAGCUACAGCUGCACCUGGUCCAGAGUACCACAUAACCAAAAUGUGGAUGCUUGACUAAUAUUAUGCACAUUAUGGCCACAACCAUUGGAACAUAGAAAUAUUCCUUAUAGUAUUGGUCCAUCUACCUGAGUAUUUUCUACAGACUGGCAGCAGCUCCUCAGGGCUUCAGACAGGUGUGUUUCCCAGCCCUGCCUGUAAAUGCCCUGUUGCAUGUAAUGCAACAUGUAAUCUCUGCCCUGUUGCAUGUAAUGCAAGACCAGGGCCCAUUCCUGAGGAUAUUCCCGUGACCCCCCACUGAAUUAUGGGUUCAGAGAGAAGGAAUGAGUCCAUAUUUCUUCAAUCAAGGGAAUACUAGAUGAAAUGUAGAACUUUGGAUGGGGUUCUUUGGCUCAAUCAUGAAAUUCACUGGUGGGCUUUCAGCCUCCAGGGCUGUUGUGAGGAUAAAAUGGGAUAACCUUCUCAAUGCUCCCCCUGGGCUUUUUGGAGGAAGGGGCAGUGGCAGAGACUUGGAUAUGAAGAAAACCUGGAAUCUUUUGGUGCCAGUGGAGGUAAUUCUCAAAAAGUGUUUCAUUGGCACAAUAUGCCAGUGCAACUUUUCCAUACAUUAAAAACAACCUCUCCUGCUUGCGAUAUUGGCACAGUAAAGAGACUUACUUGGUGGAAGUGUCCCAAAGCAACAUUCUUUGGGGAUAUAAUUUUCAUCAAUAUCAACUGUAUUAUGGGCCAGAAUCUUCUGCCUGUUCCAUUACUGUGAAAACUAAAAUAAAGACUGAAAGCUCAAGGAACUUGUAGGCUUCCUAUUAAUGGCAGCCAGAUUGGUUAUCACUAGACAUUGGAAAUACCUUGACCUCUUGCUGGGUACCUGGUACAACAAAGCCUGAUUCCUGUCAGUCUCAGAAUAAUUAAGCAAAAUAUGUCUCUUUAGGGGACAAAUUAAGAAAGAUACAUUUUAUAACAUCUGGCAAUUUUUUAUUGAAUUUACAGUGAAUAUGUUUGCCCCCAAUGAGAAUCCCCCCCCCCCAAAAAAUGCACCUUGGUUUGGAAUCAGAAACCAGUUUGGUGUUAUGUCCCCUUGUGUCUGGACUGAGUGGUCUUGACUUUUUCUUCCUGUUACUUUUUUGAGCAAACUUUCUUGAUAAUCCUGUGAAGUAGGAGAAUAUGUUGUAAGAUAUGACUAAAUUAUGAUUCAUUUCUUUUGGCUUAUUUUGUGUGCAUGCAUAACCAAUUUCUUUAUAAUUUGAACUUCUUUAAAAAAUCAGAUAAAUUGAGUAGCCCCCUCUCUUGAGUAAAAUAUUGGUGCCUUUGCUGUUUUGAAUUCAAAGGCAAAAAUGAAGACAAUUCAAACAGCAUUUGACAUUUUUUCAUUAUAUAUAGGAAAGAAACUUCCAACACACCUCUUCCUAAUUCAAAUACAACUGGAGGGGAGUCAGACAGCAAAUCCUCAAGUUAUUUCAUAGCCCUUGAUUCAUCUAUUGAAAAUCUGCAAGAAAGAGCCCAGCAAAUAAUUGAUAAGAUGAAUGAGAAGCGUAAAGAAGACCAAGUGCUCAUGAACAAUUUCCGAGAAGGUCUUUUGAUGAAGGUAAAUAUGUGGGGGUAAUGGAGUGCAAGGAAUCUGAGGAUCAGGAAAGAAUUGUUGAGCUCCAUCUUGCCAGUUAGCAAAUGUUUUGUAUUAUUUUCCCCCAAAACAUUACAAAUCUACCUGGUGCAUUUAACUAAGAUUUACAAAUCUUAGUUAACACCAGUGUCCUGGAAAAAUGUUAAGUACCAGCCUUGAGUUUAUUCCCUCAUACCACAUCCCCUCCAUCGACUGGACAAACUCCCUCAAUUCUUUCCUCUUCCCACUUCCUGUAUUGAAAGGUGCUUUUUCCACAUCCAUAUUGACUAAUUUGCUCAUCUUCAUCCAUGAACUCUGCACUGUUCUGUGCUUGGCAGAAGUGGUUCCCUUGGUGGGGUGGAGCUGCUACACUAGUUUUCCAGUAGGUGGGUCGCUGUUGUUUAGUGGGCAAGGCAGUGGGGAGACCAACAUGGUGCAAUCAGUGUUUAGCAUGCCACCCUCUGCUUGCCAGGCUCUCCUUCCUAUAUGUUUACUGACAUGCCCAUGUUGCAUCAGUAACACCUGAAAAAGCCCCACAGUGACCACACCACAAAUAGCGUUUUGUGACCACUUCAAAGGAACUCAAAAUUACUGCAUGGUUGCCUAUUUGUGUUCUAACUUGUCACAGCUCGAUCCUGCCAUUUCAUUUUGCUAUACUUCCUAGACCCUACAUAUAAAUGUGACUGUCAUACAGCUGAUGUGUGAGCAUAGCCACUCUUAAGGAAUUAUCACUUAAUCCUUAGCUACUCACAGGUGGACACAUUUGUGUUAGAAAUGAAAAGCAGGUAGUCUUUUGAUUCAGGGAAACCCUAUUACUAAGGAGUCCUUAGAAAUCUAAAGUCUACUUUAACUCCUGCUUUUUUCUCUUUCUACCAAAAAGGUUUCAAGCUUGGCAGAGAAGUUGGAGGAAAGCAUGUUCCCUGUCUAUGAUCAUCAUAACAAGCUCAUUCAAGAUAAAAUCCAAGAGCUGUACCAGAUCAUGGAGAGGAUCAAACAAAUUGAAGCAGAGCUCAGGAAGGUCUGUCACACUGUGGAGAUGUUAUAUAAAGACCUGUGUGAGCAGUCUGAAUUGUGAUUGCAUGGAGAGAGAAAAAGUUGGGGGAUAUUGUUACAUGUCCUUUUGCAUCACUGGUGAAUGUAAUGGAUAUAUACUCACUUGGUACCCCAAGCCCCGUAACCUGAGUUCUGACUGUUUUUGUUGUUCUGAAUUUGUUACUUGUUUCAAAAAUACUUUAAAAAAUAAUGAAGGUGGGGAAAGGAAGAACGUAUUUAAACAGAAAGGAACAAAUUGAAUCCCAGUUAUCAGGAUCAAACUAGACAUGUUCAUAUUAUAUAGCAGAUUUUUGUUAAAUAGCUAAAGUGGAAGGGUGGGGUAGCAGGAUUGGGACCACUGAAUGGCAGGAGGGUGCCUUUACUCCUUUGCCCCUGCCACAGGCCUGCCUCGGCCUAUCUCACACACCUGUUACAUCACAAUUGGUAUCAUGGGAGGUGGGAUUCCUAUCACUACACAGUAGGAACAAAGAGUUAAAGGCUCCUCCCCUUCAUUUAAUAAAAAAUCAACUACAAAACCAAACUAUGCAACAGAUAUCACACUUGGCCCUCAGUAAGCAAAUUUCAGGCACUUUGUUCAUCAUUCUUUGCUUGUGUGUACGAGUCAAAUUAUUCCAGGGUGAAAACUCAAUAAAAUUGGAAAUAUAUUAGCAUGAAAAACUGUACUUUAUUUUUGUUUAACAGAAGAGUUUGAACUACUGCCAUUAUGUCUUAAGAAACUAUAAAUAUAACAGAUGACUUGAACAGAUACUGACUAAAGCAGAAUGAAGGGAAACAUAGUCCCCAAUUUCUGUCUCCUGCUUCCAUUUUGUCAUCAUUGAGCUAUUCCAACAGGGCAAUUUUUUAAGGGUGCUGAACUAUUCAGUUUUCUGGCCAUGAUGGCUUAUUAAUUAUGCUACAACUGCUAGUUAUUUCUGCAAGUUUUGUACCAAAGUAUGCAUUGCAAUUAAGCCAGGGAUGUUUUGUUACCACCAAGAUAAUGAUGCAUGCAACAACAAUUUAGGGAACAUAUGAAACACUAUCUCAUUUGAUAUGCAGCGCUGGCCCAAAACAUUUUGCUGAAAACAGGAUGACUGGACUGGAAGUUGAUAUUAAAAUCAACACUGAUGAUGGGGCAGUAUCCUCUACUACAUACAAAGAUAGCAAACUAACUUAAGGAGUGAAAGGCAGGCUGCAUGGCGUGCACAGCUCUGUCCCAUGAUCUUGCCACUGCUCCCUGCGUGUUCCUGAAUUCAAGUUACACUAGAGGCUCAAGUUACCUCAGUGGCUAGAAGUUCAUUUUUUUCAACUCCAGUUGCCACAACAGCUCCAGUCCCUUUUGGACAGAAAUUACUUGGCUACUGUACUGCAUGCUCUGGUAACUUCCAAAUCGGAUUACUGCAAGGUGUUUUUCAUGGGGCUGCCCUUAAAGAUGACUCAGAAACUUCAUCUGUUUCAAAGUGCAUUGGCCAGAUUACUAGCUGGGGUUCCAUUUAGAUUUCAUGUAACCCGUUUUAAAACAGGUGCAUUAGUUGCUGUCAUAUACUAUAUUGAUAUAAUUGAAUAUAAAUUAUUCAAUGCCUGGCAAAUAUUCAGAGAAGAUCUGUAAGAUAUUUGACAUCAUAAUUAACCAAGGAGAGCUUUGUUUCAGCUCUAGAACGCCUGGGAUAGAAUUGGUAUUCAGGAUCACUAUUGAAAUUGAACUUGCUAAUUUAAGUAUGCAUGCUAAUUCGUUUAAUUUAUCAUGGACCUAUCCAAAAAGUAAUUGCUUCCUUGGGUGUGGCAGUGACAGCUUAAGAUCUUAUGUUCAUGUUUUACACUGGCCUGGAAGCAUGCUGAGUUGAGAGUAAAUAGUGCUCAAUUCACUCUGAAUUUAACCAGUUGGUAUACAGAUUAUACUCAGCAGAGUUGUUUUUAAGGUAAACUCAGCCAACUUCCAUUCAGAGACACUUUCACAAUCAGCUGCUGCCACUGCUU